CAUACAUCACAAAUACAAGUCAAAUUUUAUUUCUUUUUAUAAAUCUAUUACGACUAAUUAAACGAGUAAACAAAGUCGUUUAAAACUUCAUUCACCAAACACGACGAGUUCACCGUCUCAGAUCACCGGCGCCGACGAAUCUCAGUAACCGGAAAUCCUCAUUCAGAUAAUGGCUUUAGGUGGAGGAGCUCCCCAAAGAGGAAGUGCAGCAGCUACUGCAAGCAUGAGGAGAAGGAAAACAGCAGGUGGUGGAGCCUCAGGAGGAGCAGCUGGAACAAUGCUUCAAUUUUACACCGAUGAUGCUCCUGGCCUCAAGAUCUCCCCUAAUGUAGUACUUGUGAUGAGCAUUGGCUUUAUAGCUUUUGUUGCUGUUCUUCAUGUGAUGGGCAAACUGUAUUUCAGAGAGGCUUAAGAAAUAUAACCCAAGAAGCUGGGUUUGUUUUUGGACCUUUUAUACAUUGACUCUGUUAAUGAACUUAGAUUUAUGUUGCUAGAAUGAUCUAUCCCUUUGAUAUUGUAUUUCUAAGGAUAUAUUUAGCUUUGUUUAUCUUUUGUUCCUAGAAGGGAAAGUGGUAUAAGAUGUAAAAUUUGAUGAAUUUUUUUUUAUGCAUACUUAUGAAUUGUUAAUGGUGUGGGGAAAGUAGUCUCAAAAGAUAAACAUGGGAAACACCAUUUGAACUCAAACAAAUAAAUCUAUAUAAUUUACACUUAAAUCUAAUAGUUAACUAAUUUCGAUUAAAAUCGAAUGGUUGAUGGUUGAAGGGGUGGCAAAAGGGAUCGGUUUGUCAGCAUUGCGGAGCGGGGAUAAGGAUCUAGACAUGGUUUUUUUUUCUUCUGGCUUUUGCGUUUGGGUCCAUGGGCAUUAAUAGAAGUUUUGCAACUUUUUAAGCCUUUAGGGGUGCAAGACUUACUAAAACAAAAAAAGUAGAGGAUUAGAGUUACUUGAUAUGUUUUUUCAGACAUCAUCAAUGCUAUACAAAAAGAAUUUAGUAUUUUGUGAAUUUGAAACCCCAAAUUGCUUGAUUCCUACGAUUCCUCAGAAAAAUAAUGGCACAUUCUUUUUGCUUAAUAAUAAUAUACAUGAAAUAUAAAAUAAAGAGUUUGAAUAUCAUGAUCAUCACACUGAAAAUCUGUCUAAAUCCCGUAGGCCAUAACCAAAGCAUACAUGGAAAAAGCUUCUCUCAUCACACACACAACCUCUCUCUUGACACCUUUAAAUUCUUCACUUUCCUCACUUUACUUCUUAUUCUCUUAUAUAUAAUUUUAUUCCACCUUCCACCAUAAUUCACAUUCACAAACUUUUCUUUUCAAUUGUGAGUCAAAUACUUUCCAUUCUUCCUUUGAAACUCUAAACUUCAAAAAAAAGUUUAACGUGAGUUGGCUCAACUUGUUUAUCCUCUCACAUGCUUGUUUCUUGUCUAGUCUAUAUGGUUUUUUUAAGUCUAACUCAAUUUUGUGUCCUUUCUGCAGCAGCCGCAUCUGCGACCGCAAACGAUGAUUUGAUUUAAAAUUUGUUAGUACCAUCCUUUUGUCCCCUCCCCACCACUCUCAUUAUUUUUUCUUGCACUUGAAACUUUCUUUUAUAUUUGUAUGCACCAAAAGUUUGUUGUUGAUGUAAUAGUUUGGUUCAUGGACUAUGCUUUAUUAGGACCCACCAAUACUUUUCUACAAAGUGCAAGAAAAUGGAAAUAUCAAUGUUCAUAAGAUCCUCUUCUAAAUGCUUUCCUACAUUAUACACAUCAACCUAACAAUGCAAGAUAAAUUCAUCAUCUUUUCUUUGUUUCUUGUUCUUUUUUGUCCAUUCCAAGUGAUCUCACUCUACCAACCUUUCAAUGAAGAUAUGCUAGGGUUGAUUGUGUUCAAAUCAGGUCUAGAAGAUCCAAAAAACAAACUUUCUUCUUGGAAUGAAGAUGAUUAUAGUCCUUGCAAUUGGGAAGGUGUAAAAUGUGACCCUUCAACAAAUAGAGUUUCUUCUCUUGUUCUUGAUGGAUUCUCUCUUUCGGGCCAUAUCGGUAAGAGUCUUAUGAAGUUGCAGUUUCUUCAAAUUCUUUCACUUUCUAGGAACAACUUCACAGGGAAAAUAAACCAUGAUCUUCUUGUUACACUUUGGAAUCUAAAAGUUGUUGAUUUGAGUGAAAAUAGUCUCUCCGGAGCAAUUCCGGACGAGCUUUUUCGACAAUGUUGGUCGUUAAGAGUUUUAUCGUUUGCGAAGAACAAUCUAUCGGGUAAGAUUCCCGAGUCUUUGAGUUCGUGCUACUCGUUAGCAAGUUUGAACUUUUCGUCUAAUCAGUUGAAUGGUGAAUUGCAUUCGGGAAUGUGGUUUUUGAAGGAACUUCAAUCGCUUGAUCUAUCGAAUAAUUUUCUUAAAGGAGAAAUUCCCGAAGGAGUUCAAAAUCUAUAUGAUUUGAGAGAGUUAAGGCUAGGGAGGAAUUUUUUCACCGGUAGGAUUCCGGAGAAUAUAGGAAACUGUUUGCUUUUGAAGAUGAUCGAUUUCGGUGAUAAUCUUCUAACCGAUGAAAUUCCAGAGUCGAUACAAAGACUCACUUCAUGCACAUUGUUGAAUUUGCAAGUGAAUUUUCUCAAUGGAAGCAUUCCACAUUGGAUUGGCGAAUUGAACAAUCUUGAGAUAUUGGAUCUUUCGUCAAAUAGAUUUUCGGGUUCGAUUCCAUCUGGAAUCGGAGGUCUUAGAAGUUUGCAAGUUUUGAAUUUAUCUACGAACAAUAUCUUUGGUUCUAUUCCAGUGAGUAUAAAAGAGCUUAAAUCUUUGUAUGUUCUUGACUUAAGUGAUAACAAGCUUAAUGGAAGCAUUCCUUUAGAAAUAGAAGGAGCAAUUUCACUUCUUGAAUUGAAGCUUCAAAGGAACUUGUUAGGUGGAAGAAUUCCAGUUCAAAUUGCAAAAUGUUCAGCUCUAAAAUCUUUGAAUCUUGCACACAACAAUCUUAUUGGUUCAAUCCCUACAUCAAUUGCAAACCUAACAAAUCUUCAAUAUGCAGAUUUGUCAUGGAACAAACUCUCUGGAACUUUACCGAAAAAGCUCACAAAUCUUACACAUCUUUCCUCAUUCAAUGUUUCAUAUAACCAUCUUCAAGGUGAACUACCAAUUGGUGGAUUCUUCAACACAAUCACUCCCUCAUUUGUUCAUGGAAAUCCAUUGUUGUGUGGUUCUGUUGUUAACCACUCAUGCGAUCGAUCUUAUCAUCCGAAACCUAUUGUUUUGAACCCUAAUUCAAAUUACAGCAAUUCAAGAACUUCAUUACAAAACCAUCAUCACAAGAUAAUGCUUAGUAUAUCAGUUUUUAUUGCUAUUGGUGCGGCGGUUUCUAUUGUUGUUGGUGUUGUUGCUGUUACCAUUUUGAAUAUUCAUGUUAGGGCUUCAGUUUCGCAUUCUGGUUAUCCAUUUGGAUUAUCUGGUGGUGAGGAUAAUAGUUUUUCGCCCGAAAAAGAUCCGAAAUGCGGAAAGUUUGUGAUGCUUAAUGGCGACAUUGUUGAGUUUCCCAAUGAGGUGAAUAAUCUUCUUAAAGAAGGUAAUGAAAUCGGCCGCGGUGGAUUCGGAGUUGUUUAUUGUGUUGUCCUUCGAGAUCAGAAUUUCAUUGCGAUUAAGAAGCUUAUAGGUUCGAGUUUGACAAAAUCACAAGAAGAUUUCGAGAGAGAAGUUCAAAAGCUUGGUAACAUUAAGCAUCAAAAUCUCGUGGCACUUGAAGGUUAUUAUUGGAAUUCAUCAUUUCAGCUUAUAAUUUAUGAGUAUUUUUCUAGAGGGAGUUUGCAUAAGCUUCUACAUGAUGAUGAUCAAAGAAAAAUUGUGUUUUCUUGGAGAGCAAGGUUCAAGGUUAUUUUAGGAAUAGCAAAAGGUUUGGCCUAUUUACAUCAAAUGAACAUAAUCCAUUAUAACCUAAAAUCUACUAAUGUUUUUAUCGAUACUCGUGAUGAACCGAAAAUCGGAGAUUUCGGUUUGGUGAAUCUAUUACCAAUUCUAGACCAUUGUGUUUUGAGCAGCAAAAUUCAAAGUGCGCUAGGAUACACGGCUCCUGAGUUUGCGUGUCGCACGGUUAACAUAACCGAAAAAUGCGACGUAUAUGGUUUUGGAAUUUUGGUUCUAGAAAUCGUGAGCGGAAAAAGACCCGUGGAAUAUAUGGAGGACGACGUCGUUGUUCUAUGUGAUAUGGUGAGAAGUUCGUUGGAGGAUGAGAAAGUUGAACAAUGUAUCGAUGAGAAACUUGUAGGUUAUUUUUCGCCCGAGGAGGCGAUUCCUAUGAUUAAAUUGGGAUUAGUUUGCGCAUCGCAAGUACCUUCGAGUCGUCCUGAUAUGGCUGAUGUUGUUAACAUAUUAGAGACCAUUCAAUGCUCUUCGGAAGGACAACAAGAGGAAAUACAAUGAAUUUUGAAGUAUAGAGAUACACCUUGUAUUGUAGUAAUAUUUUGUGAAGUAAAGUUCAGUUUGCUUUCUUUUGAAGUUAUAUAUAAGCAAAGAAUUUAUAUUUA